AGGUAGAAGGGAUUUGGGGGGGGCAGAGGUAUGUGGAGGGAAGAGGGGAUUUAGGGGCACACAGUGCCUGGGGUGAGGAAAGGGGAUUUGGGGCUCGCAGGGAUUUGGGGGGACGCCCCCAGCCGGUCCCCAGGGCCUCAGUGACCCCCUGCCCCCAUUCCCAGAGCACCUUCCGUGUCCUGGCUCCGCCCGGUCCCAGCCCGGGCUCCCGCUCUUCCCGCCUCUGGAAAUAUGUCCGAGGGAGUGGAUCUGAUUGACAUCUACGCCGACGAGGAGUUCACGCAGGACCCGGAGUUCAGUAAUGCUGACCAGAUGGAUCUCUACGACGACGUGUUAGCAGCCAGCUCCCAGCCCCAGGAAAAGCGUUCCAGCAGCUCGGAAGCGCCUCCGGAGAUCCGUCAGGAGCCGUCUCCCAAGCCCAACAGCAAACCCCCGGCCAUCCUGUACACCUACAGCGGCCUCCGGAACAAGAGGGCCGCCGUCUACGUCGGGAGCUUCUCCUGGUGGACGACUGACCAGCAACUGAUCCAGACCAUCCGCUCCAUUGGAGUCUAUGACGUGGUGGAGCUGAAAUUCGCGGAGAACCGAGCCAAUGGCCAAUCCAAGGGGUAUGCGGAGGUGGUGGUGGCCUCCGAGAACUCGGUCCAUAAACUCCUGGAGCUGCUUCCUGGAAAGAUCCUGAAUGGAGACAAGGUGGAGGUGAGGCUGGCGACCCGGCAGAACCUGUCGCAGUUCGAGGCUCAGGCUCGCAAACGUGAGUGCGGCACCGGUGUGAGGCGGGGUGGGGGUUCUAUCUCACACACAUCCCAAAUCCCCCCAGAUCAGCUGCCAGGCCCAGCCCAGCGAGCCCUCGGGAUGGGGGGAAGCCUUGCCAGGAGCGUCUGGGGGUUGUUUUUCCCAUUCCUGAGCCGGAUUAGCCCGCCGAUCCCGGCCUUGAGCGAAGGCGAGUUUGAGGAGAUCAUGAACCGCAACCGCGCCAUCUCCAGCAGCGCCAUUUCCAAGGCGGUGUCCGGCGCCAGCGCAGGGGAUUACAGCAACGCCAUCGAGACGCUGCUCACAGCCAUCGCUGUCAUCAAGCAGUCGCGCGUGGCCAGCGACGAGCGGUGCCGCGUCCUCCUCUCUUCCCUCAAGGAUUGCCUGCAUGGAAUUGAGGCCAAAUCCUACAGCAGCAGCUCCAGCAGCAGCUCCAGGAAAAGGCACCGAUCCCGGGAGCGCUCUCCCAGCCGGUCCCGCGAGAGCAGCCGGCGGCACCGGGAUCUGCUCCACAGCGACGAUCGGCAUGAGGAUUAUUUCCCAGAGCGCAGCCGGGAGCACGAGCGGCAUCGGGACAGGGACAGAGACAGGGACCGGCACCACUGAGACAGGAAUUUGGCAGGAAGUGGUUUUUAAUGGACUCUAUCUCCUCACCUCGACCAGGAUGCCGUGCCCGAGGCUGCUCCGCCCCAUCCCGGUCCCUUCCUCGCCACCGCAGCCCCCUCCGGGCGGGACCCCCGCCCGCACCUCGUGGCCUUGGGAAUCCCCCCCACCACUGCUGCUGCUUCCUGGGGCCAUCCCGCUCCGCUCCGUGGAUACUCGGACCCAAAGAGAAAUGGUGCUUUUAUUCCAUGGAGGGAGGUUUGUGAGCCCUUCCCAGUCCGGGGGGGAACAGAGGAGACGGAGCCCUCCCUGUGCAGCUCGGGGGCUUGGAGAUGCACAGCUCCCGAUCCUGGGAUCAGGAGCCACGUGCCGUCCUCUGCAUUGCCUGGGGACACUCACGUCCCCAUCGCCCUGGUGGGACACUGUGCCACGCCCCUCCUUUGGCCCUUCACCCUCCAGGAGCUGGGAAAAAGGGGCUGGAGCUGGGUUGGGGGUCAUCCUCUCUCUCCCGACAUUCCCCACAGCAGCAUUCCCACGCAGAUGGCAGCUCCGGCCCCUCCCGCAGAGCCUUCCUUGUUUUAGAGGAAGCGGAAGAGGCAGGGCAGGCUGUGACCCCCUUGUGUCCCCCCAGAAUCCCAAGAAGGAGAGGGAGGGAGAGCCCAGGAGGGUCAGGAUGAGCUGGGACACACUGGGUGACUUCCAGGGCUGGAAUCACGUUUGGGUAGGAAAACCCAGGCCCUGGAAGUCUUUUUAAGUUGAAAUAACCUAAAUUCAGGAAAAACCACCCCGAUUUUCCCAAGCCCCACGAGGUGGGAGCACUCGGCAGGAGAGCUCCGGGUUUUUUUUUACUUACCGCCACAGAUUUUUAGUUUCUUUCCAAAUAGUGGAAGGGGGAAAAGAUUCCCCCCUAAUUGCAGAGCAAAUCCCUGGAAGCCCCGGCGAGGCGCCGCCCCUCCUGCUCGCAGUGAUUAGAUUUGUCUUUGGAUAGGUUGGAAUUGUGUAAUAAACUCAGAUGACGUUGUCAGUCUUUUA